GUAGUCAAAGCACAUAGAAUUACACAGUUUAAGGAUUCCAACAGACAUGUCCGUCCAAUAUUAAAGGCACUCCUCACCUUAUUGUUGCGUUCAGAAAUAUAAUUGAAAAGAAUAUGUUUUUUUUUCCCUCUUCAGGAUUCCAGCCAUGAGCGACAAAAUUGAAAAGACUGAUGAGCCGGAAACUAAGAAACGGAAAAGUGAAGAAGAUCCUCCUCAGGACAAGGCCAAUGAUAAUGCUAAUAAAAUCGAUUCAGAAGACGAUGAAGAUGAAUGGGUGGGACCGUUGCCGAGUGAGGCAGCCCCUGUUCGUAAGAAGAAAGUCUUGGAAUUCGAAAAAUUGUACCUGAGCCAUCUCCCCGAUGCACAAUCGUACGAAAAGAGCUUCAUGCACAGAGAUGUAAUGUGUUUUGUCGCCACGACCAAAACCGAAUUUGUCAUCACGGCCAGCGUCGACGGACAUGUCAAGUUCUGGAAGAAGCGACAAAUUGGCAUCGAGUUUGUCAAGCAUUUCAGAGCCCAUUUAGGAAAUAUUCAAGGAAUCGACGUCAAUCCAACUGGAACGCUCUUAUGCACCAUUUCCACCGACAAGAACGCCAAGAUCUUCGACGUGAUCAACUUCGACAUGAUCAACAUGAUCAAACUUGGCUAUACGCCAGAAUGUUGUUGCUGGAUUCACCGCUCCGGAGAUGCCAUUCCAGCCUUAGCCAUUAGUGAAGCCGAAUCCACCCGAAUUCACAUCUACGAUGGAAACAGCGUCUCGAGUGUCCCAUUGAAAACCCUGGCUAAUAUUCAUAUGAAGUCAGUGACCAUUUUAGCCUACAAUUCUAUCUACGAUGUGGUUGUUUCGGCAGACCAAGGUGGAAUGCUCGAGUAUUGGUCGGGACCCAAAGGGGAUUACGACAUGCCCUCAAAUGUGGAUUUCGAAUCCAAGUUAGACACGGAUCUCUUUGAAUUUGCCAAAUCCAAGACAUACCCUCUGAAUGUGACCCUGUCGCCCAAUGGGAACUUGCUGGCCGCCUUUGGAGCCGACAAAAAGAUUCGAAUUUUCAAGUUUCUGACGGGCAAAUUGAGCUGUGUUAUCGACGAGAGCCUCAAGCACUACACGGAAAUGCAACAAGUGAGACAAGUGUUUCCGGCCAUGGAUUUCAAUCGAAAAGUCUCCACCGAAAGGGAAUUAGAGAAAGGCGAUUUGCUCCGCCACAACAACAUCAUCUUCGAUAAAACGAGCAACUUCAUCAUAUUUGCGGCCCUCCCCGGAAUCAAGGUGGUCAAUCUGUAUUCAAAUGAAGGCAAGCGCAUUUUGGGCAAAUCAGAACAUCUGCGGUUCCUCAAUGUGUCCCUAUUUCAAGACUUGGUCAGGAAUUACAACGUGGCGCCUUCCAUCGAGGUGCAAGCCUCGGAAAACCCGGCUUUGGACGACGGUGUUGUGGAUCCCACGCUCUUCGUGACAGCUUUCAAAAAGAAUCGAUUCUAUUGCUUCAGCAAACGCGAACCCAAAGACACGUCGAAUGUGGAUGCCGAGCGUGAUGUGUUCAAUGAGAAGCCCUCCAAAGAAGACAUCAUCGCGGCCACGGAAGAAAAAGGGGCGCCACGGUUGUACGAAAAUGCCACGUUACACACCUCCGUGGGCGAUAUCCAGUGCAAGCUGUUCGCCCGUGAAUGUCCCAAAUCCGUGGAGAACUUUUGCGUUCAUGCCAAAGAAGGUUACUUCAACGGGCACAUCUUUCACCGCGUGAUCAAGCAGUUCAUGAUUCAAACCGGAGAUCCGACAGGGGUAGGCACGGGCGGAGAGUCCAUUUGGGGCGGUGAAUUCGAGGACGAGUUCCAUCCCAAGUUGCGACACGAUCGUCCCUACACUCUGAGUAUGGCCAAUGCGGGUCCCAACACCAACGGCAGCCAGUUCUUCAUCACGGUGGUGCCCACCCCAUGGUUGGACAACAAGCACACCGUGUUCGGACGAGUCGAACGAGGCAUGGAAGUGGCUCAAAGCAUCUCCAAUGCCAAGGUCCAUCCCAAGACGGACAAACCUUAUGACGAAAUCACGAUUGUUAGUGUGUCCGUGCGUAACCCUGUGCGUCUUUGAAAGAACAUCAAUUGAUAACCAAAUACCAUUGCUGUGUACUCCAAACGUAUGUAACAAAAGCUCCCAAUCAUCUGUCCUA